UUCAAAAUGUCAAAACAAGAGUUCGCAAUGUAAAUAAGAAAUUGAAUGAAAAACUUUAUCGUAAAAAGACUACAAAAUGUGGAUUAGAUGCCUUAAAAUACGCAAGAAAUCCAUUGCUUUCGUAUUCGUUGCACUGUGUGCGAGUUUAUUUUUCUACCUAUGUCUUCUACGGCUAGCCGAAUUCCUCAUUGCUCGCCGAUUUGUCGAAAAUGAUCAUCUCAAACGUGCAAGGUACAGAGAUAAUCGGAGUCCUAACAUUGUUGUCGCUCAUUACAUUGGAAGUGGCAAUUUAUUCGGAAACGUUUCCAACGAAUCGCUCAACCGCAAUGACUUCUCGCCCGUAUCCGGCGAAGGAGAUAACGGCAAACCGGUUAUUUUACCAGCAAAAGACGUACUGAAAAUGCAACAGAAAUUCCAAAUCAAUCGCUUCAAUUUAAUGGCAAGUGAUCGAAUGCCGUUGAAUCGUUCACUGCCGGAUGUUCGGAAAAAAUUAUGCAUCCAAAAAUCGUAUCCAUCCGAUCUGCCGAGAACAUCGAUCAUUAUCGUUUUUCACAACGAGGCCUGGUCGGUUCUGAUGCGAACCGUUUGGAGUGUGAUCAAUCGAUCACCGAAAAAUUUAUUGGAAGAAAUUUUACUGGUUGACGAUGCUAGUGAUCGAGAUUUUCUGAAACAUUCGCUGGACGAUUAUGUUGCGAAAUUACCGGUUAAAACUGUUGUACUGAGGCAAACCACCAGAGAAGGAUUGGUAGCCGCUCGGUUGCUCGGAGCUAAACAUGCCAAUGGAGAGGUCCUAACAUUUCUCGACGCCCAUUGCGAGUGUUCCAUUGGAUGGUUGCAACCGCUUCUCGCCAGUAUAAAGGAAAAUCGACGUACGGUGCCGUGUCCCGUUAUUGACAUUAUCUCUGACAAUAACUUCGGCUACAUAAAAAGCUUUGAACUGCACUGGGGUGCCUUCAAUUGGCAACUUCAUUUCAGAUGGUACCUCCUUGGAGCGAACGAAUUGAAUAAACGUAAGACUGAUGUAAUUGCACCGUUCCCCACACCAGCAAUGGCAGGUGGCCUGUUUUCGAUCGAAAAAGCUUACUUUUAUGAAAUCGGAUCGUACGACGAAAGAAUGAAGAUCUGGGGCGGUGACAAUCUCGAAAUGUCGUUCCGAAUAUGGCAAUGUGGUGGACGAAUCGAAAUAGUUCCAUGCUCGCAUGUCGGUCAUUUGUUUCGCAAGAGUUCGCCGUACACAUUUCCCGGCGGCAUCAGUAACGUUCUGAAUGAGAAUUUGGUGCGAACGGCCAAGGUGUGGAUGGAUGAUUGGGCUCAGUUUUUCUACAAAUUUUUCAAUGUUCCCGCAACGUUGAUCGAUGGGAUAGACGUUACACAACGGCAAAUGCUGCGGAAAAGUUUGAAAUGCCAGAACUUCGAGUGGUAUUUGACGAACAUUUGGCAGGACCACUUCUUCCCAACGGAUGAUCGAUUUUUCGGCAAGAUAAUGCUGAUUGACACCAGCUCAGAGCAACACUACGAAUAUUUGAAUCGAAUGCGUAACUUUGAUCUGUCUCGCUUCCAUGACUGGUCAUAUGCCAUCGACUACUUCAAUCGAAGAACCAGCGAAUUCUCUCAAAUUUUCAAAACUCAAAACGGACUUUGCAUUCAGAAACCGAACAGUCAAGAUGCGACAAAUGCUCCGUACGGACAAGCAAAGCUUUCGGUGUGUGGGAAUGCCACUCACGUGGAGGAUUUCUUUGUCGUCACAAACGAGGGACAGAUCAUGACCAACGAAGGCAUUUGUGUCGAUGCGGUUGAAAAGGGUGCCACCGAAACCAAUUCUUCGAUGGUCCGCAUAGUCACCUGUGCCGAAUCGAACCGACAGAAAUGGCUGUACAAUGUAAAAACGCAACAGAUCGUCCAAGGAAUAUCGAAUUUCUGCCUAACCGCUGACCAGAGUGUUGAAAAGAAUUUGGACAAUUUUUCUCGGCUGACUAACGAAUCGUUCAAUGUAACGUUAAGUGUGUGCAAUGAGAGUAAACUGCAAAAAUGGAUUUUGCUUCCGUUCAAAUGGAAGGCCUAAUUUGCCCCCAUUUGUAGACUUGGCAACUGGUGGCUUUUGAGGCAGAACGAUUUACUAAGAGGGGUAAGAUUUUUCUGUCGAAUUGUUCGUCAUUCUGAGACUGUUAAUUUGAGUAAUGUGAUAUACCCGAAGUAAUUAAAACUGUUAAUGAAAUAAAAUUCUAUUUACAAA